AAGAAGAACGUUACGUAGCGGAACUCGGGGUCAUUUCCGUUGGAGCGAAAUCAUGGCUGACAGAAUUCUACCUGCUUGCUUUUUAUAAAUCUGCUUUUAAAGUCGUCACAUUUAGGUUGCCCUGCGUGUAGCGACCGCGAACAGCAUUCAUGACAGAUAUGUGAACAUAAUUUCUCAUGUUUUCUUUAAAAUGGCGGAGAAUUUCUUUUUCUUGUUUUAAAUGUCUCAGUUAUUAGCACGGUAAGCAUACAGAGAAUACACGAAGAGUUAAUACCAGGGAAUCAGAACACUGACAGGGAAGGGCGUAAGGGUGAGUAAAAAGACAAACUAUACAUUAUCACAGGAAGGAGACAAUUCAGAAAGUACAACGUCAAAACCAAAUGGACGAUUUAAACAGAAACUGACGAAGAAUUUAGUGCGAUAUCUCCUUCCACGGCCACUGACAUCAUUUGUUACAACUUUUGGACCAGGAGUUUUGUGGAGCAGGGAACCGGCACCGGACUGUUUUCGGUGGAAAACAAAUGUAUGGAACCGGCUCUAGAAUAGGCCCCUAUACCGCGUCGGUGGAAAAGGGCUGCUAGUGAACGGUGUAUGGAAUUGGACACCUUCCUAUUUCAGGACACUUUUAGCGCUGCUCUUUCCUUUAUGUUGUAUUACCACGAAGCCAAAGGACAGCAUUCAUUCUUCGAAUUGGAUUUUCUUUUGCCAUGGCUUUUUGAGAACCAUCACCUUAACACUGUUCUGGAGAAAGUCGACAACGAUGGAUCUCGAAGGAGAAACUGAAAUAAAGCAAGAACCUGAGGAUGAACAAUGCUUCGAUGAACAAUCUCAGGAAAAACCCUCAGUAGAGCCAAAACAAUACCAGGAGCCACGCAGACCCAAGAAGAAACAUGCUUGUCCAACCUGUGGAAGAGUUUUCUCUCUCAGAACCUGUCUGCAGCGACACCUUGUGAUCCACUCAGGAAAAAGACCAUUUAAGUGCUUCAUAUGUGGACGAGGAUUCACUCAGAGCGGAAACCUCAAAACACACAUGAAAGUUCACAAAGGAGAGUUACCAAAAUGGACAUUAGUUAAAGAGGCGGCGACUCCUGAAAAACCUCCUGUGACAUUUCAUGUAUGUGGGGAUUGUGGAAUGGACUUUCCCCAGAGACAACAGCUGGAAGAACACAAAGAGACUCACAAAAAGCCUUACGAGUGUCCUGACUGUGCCAAGACUUUCAAAAAUGAAUAUUAUUUCAAAUUACAUAAGCGCAUUCACACUGGAGAUUCACCUUUCCUCUGCUCAGAGUGUGGAAAGAGCUGCGUUACAGCAGAUGCACUUAAAAAACACCUGUUGAGACACACUGGAGAGAGGAAUUUCCAUUGUGAUCAGUGUGGGAGGUCGUUUACACAAUCCACUCACCUUGACGUGCACCUCAAAACUCACACAGGAGAGCGGCCUUAUCUCUGCCCAGUCUGUGGUAAAAGUUACUCUAGAGCAUAUACUCUGAAAGUUCACAUGAGAGUUCACACUGGAGAGAAACCAUAUACUUGUGAGAAAUGUGGCAAGGGCUUCUAUUACUCUCCAGGUUAUCAAGCACAUCUGACUGUUCACAACAAGAAGCCAAAACUACCAACAAAACCUCGGGGGAGACCAAAACAGGAGCUGUUAGUGGUAAAUAAACAAUAAUGUCAUUUGGAAAAUGUAUGGCAGGAAUCAUGAUCGAAAAGUAUAUGGUGUACAGUCUGCUCUAUUGUUACUUGUAUUGAGCUUAUUGUUUUUAUGUGGUACAUUCAAAAAUAAAACAAGUAACCAACAUCAGAACCUACAACUCCAAACAGGGGGUUACAUUUUACAAUUCAGAAUGUUAUUUUGGCUACUGUUUGCUUAUUAAAGCUCUUAUGCAGUAA